AUGGCGGAAGGUGACACGGACGGCGUGGACUUCUUCACCAUGGGCAUGUUUAUCAUUGACGAGAUUGAGUUCCCGCCGCCCAAACCAGCCGCAAAAGAUAUACUUGGCGGCGCUGGGACGUACUCUGCCGUAGGAGCUCGCAUGUUUUCGCCGCCGCCACAGUCUCAAUCUGUGGGCUGGGUCGUGGACUGCGGGUCUGACUUCCCGUCCGAGCUGCGAGAGACCAUUGUGCAGUGGGACACGGCAUGUCUGAUGCGCGAAACACCGCAUAGGCUGACCACCAGAGGCUGGAACGGUUACGGCGAGAACGAUUUCAGAGCUUUCCGCUACACAACACCCAAGCUCCGACUUGACCACACCUGUCUCGAAGGCAAGCUUCUCUGGUCCAAGUCGUUUCAUCUGAUCUGCUCGCCCAUCCGGUGUGUAGACCUAGUCAAGAAUAUUCUGAUCAUGAGAGGCCAGUGGCCAGAACCAGGCAAAAAGCCGAGGCCGCUGUUCAUUUGGGAGCCAGUUCCAGACCUGUGCACGCGCGAGGAGCUCGAGAAUUGCAAGGUGGCGCUCAAGCAUGUGGAUGUCGUUAGUCCCAAUCAUUCCGAGCUUGGUGCUUUCCAUGCAAAGACUGUAGAUCGCGAAGGCCAUGUUGAUUACGGGGCCAUUGAGGACCUGGCGAAGCAGUGGAUUCAGUGGGGAAUCGGACCAGACGGAGAUGGAGCUGUCGUAGUGAGAUCUGGUAAGGAUGGCUGCUAUAUUAGAGACCAAGGGGUCAGCAAAUGGAUUCCAGCUGUUCAUGAAUCAGCAGAGAAAGUAGUCGAUCCCACUGGCGGAGGAAACGGGUUUCUAGGGGGCUUUGCAGUAGGGUUUGUCAGAUGUGGAAACGUUGAGGAUGCAGCAGUAUGGGGCUCAAUUGCAGCCAGCUUCGCAAUCGAGCAGAUCGGUAUGCCAACCCUCAUCAGAACAUCAGACGGAGAGACGUGGAACGGCGAGCGUGUCGAGCAACGGCUUGCAGAUUUCAGGAAGAGGCUGGAUAAAUAUGUACAGCCCUAAGUGCCCCAGCAAACACAAGGAUUCCCAAUUGACGCCCCUCAAACGCCCCCGCUACGAUCCACUUUCUUUCGCUGCCUCUGCUGCUUCGUGUUCCCUGAUCUGCUUGCUCCAGCUUCGAGACGUCAGUCUCCGCGCUCGGGUACAUGGGUCACCACUCACUAUCGGCUGGGGAAGAAUCUGCCCUUCUCUGGCAUCUUGUUCCGGAACUCCCGCUCUGCGCUUAUGGACCAGGCGAUUGCUGUGAUUCCGAGGACGACGCCGCUCAUGAUGGCCGUGUUGGCUUUCCAGUUUGCGGGCUGCGAGUACCAGCCUCCGGCCGGCGACCAGACGUGCUUUGGGUAUC